UUUUUUUUCAUUUGACAGCCGUAGGUCACAUUGAAUACGUGAGUGUUAUGAGAUCGAAGUGUGAACUAAACAUGCUGUUUUAAAUCCUCAAACAAAUAUUCUGUACAGAUUGUAAUUUACUUCAUUAAGAUUCAAAAGAAAAAAAAAUGAGUUGUCAUUUAGAAGUCAAGUCUAAAUUUGGCCAUCAAAAGAAAAUUAGUGACACUACAGAGUUUAAAGAACUAACAAAGAAAGAUGCUGAAAUACAACUAGCGCAUGAACUUCAAAAGCUGCUUAUGACAGUUUCAACAGAUAGAGAGAAAUAUGAAAUCGAAUUUGAGGGAUACCAAAAAUUGUUUAAGCAGUUUUUACAAGGUGUUGGACCAUCUAUGCAAUGGGAUAAAAUUGAACCUAUACCAGCAGAAGCUAUAAAAAAUUAUGAUACUCUUGUUGAACCUCCAUCUGAUUCAAUCAAAGAAAUGUUAAACAAACUUGUAGUAGUGAAAUUAAAUGGUGGUCUUGGAACAAGUAUGGGAUGCACUGGUCCAAAAUCCAUCAUUCCAGUCAGAAAUGAUCUGACAUUUUUAGAUCUUACUGUGCAACAAAUAGAGCAUUUGAAUAAUACAUAUGAUGCUGAUGUGCCAUUAGUACUUAUGAAUUCAUUUAAUACUGAGGAAGAUACACAAAAAGUUUUAAGAAAGUAUCGAGGCUUCAGGAUAAAAAUUCACACAUUUACACAAAGCAAGUAUCCCAGAGUAAAUAAAGAAAGUUUAAUGCCUAUUGCAUAUUCUCUUGAAGAGGAUGAUCCAGAAGCGUGGUAUCCUCCAGGCCAUGGUAAUUUUUAUGAAGCAUUUUACAAAUCUGGACUUUGUGAGCUUUUCCUCAGAGAAGGACGUGAAUAUUGCUUUAUUUCUAACAUUGAUAAUCUUGGAGCAACAGUUGAUCUUAAUAUUCUUAAUUCAUUGCUUCAUCCAACACAACAGCCCUCACCUGAAUUCGUCAUGGAAGUUACUAAUAAGACAAAUGCAGAUGUCAAGGGUGGCACUCUUAUUCAAUAUGAAGGCAAGUUACGAUUAUUGGAAAUAGCCCAAGUGCCCAAAGAUCAUGUUGAUGAAUUCAAGAGUGUAAAGAAAUUUAAAAUUUUCAAUACAAAUAAUUUGUGGAUUAAACUAGAAGGCAUUGCUCGACUAGUAAAAGAAGGAGGCCUUGAUAUGGAAAUAAUUGUUAAUCUGAAGCAUCUUGAUAGUGGUAUAAAUGUUAUACAAUUAGAAACAGCUGCUGGAGCUGCCAUGAAAGAUUUUAGUCGAGCAACUGGUAUAAAUGUUCCACGUAGUCGUUUUCUACCUGUGAAAAAGACAUCUGACCUUCUUCUGGUUAAAAGUAACUUGUAUACUAUGCAAAAUGGAUCAUUAGUAAUGAGUUCUUUGAGAGCAUUUCCAACCGUUCCUCUAGUCAAACUAGGAGAUAAUCAUUUUGCUAAAGUUCGAGAAUUUUUAAGGAGGUUUGCUAGCAUUCCAGAUAUGCUAGAAUUGGAUCAUUUAACUGUUUCAGGAGAUGUUACAUUUGGGAAAGAUGUAUCCUUGAAGGGAACUGUAAUUAUCAUAGCAAAUCAUGGAGACAGAAUUGAUAUUCCACCUGGUUCUAUACUAGAAAAUAAGAUAGUCUCUGGAAAUUUGAGAAUCCUGGAUCAUUAAUUAGUGCCACGGCAAUUAGAAAUGUUUCAGUGCAAAAAGAAAUCAAAAGUAUUUUAUGUAGUUUGUGUGCCAAUCAAUUUUAUUAUUUAUUUUACAUAGUUAAGUUAAUCAAUUUUAAAAUGUAGUAAAUGAUGGCUUGUCUUUCCAUUGUACUUAUUUUUUUACACAAAUUCAGUCAUUGUCACUACAUGAUUCUUGAUACAUCUGUAAUUGCAUGUCUUCCUGUUGUUUGAUUUCCAGUUGAUUUUACAAACAAAAAUGAAAUAUUAAUAAUCAAGUAAUUAUGCAUUUAUUGCUAUAUCUGAAUAUUCUGAAUACUGAGUGUUUUCUAAAUGAAUUAUUCUUGUAUGAAACUAAUUGUAAGUAUUUAUGAAUGGGGAUAUGUUAUUGUAGAUAUAUCACACAGUAAAAUUCAUCAUACAUGAAAUUUUGAGAAAGAAUAUUUGAUCUUAUUACAAAUAACAAACCGUCAUAGAAACCCUUUUUUUAGGAUUUAGGUCAAACAUUUACUAGGAUAUAAAUUAUCACAUGUGAACAUACAUUGAGAAUUAGUCUGAGAAAUUGAAAAGAUGGAAGAUGGAAAGUGGAAACAUUAUUUCUUUGAAAUGGUACAACACAUUUACGUAACAUAGCUAAGAAUAUUUGUAUAAUAUAUACAAAUGAAUUUUACACCAGUUACUCUAUUUAUAGUUAUUAACAUAUUGCACUUUUAGGAUAUUAUGUAGUUUUAUAGCAAGAAAUAUUUAUUUUUUCUACUCUUUCUAUUUGAAGGUAUUGAUUAAAAAUAUUCUGUAACUAAUGAUUAACUAUACGGCCAUCCAUUUUCCAGUUGAUCAGAAAGUGGGAAAUAAUUUGUCAAAGCAUUCUUUUAUAAUAAUAUGAAAUUAUGCAUUAAGAGUCAAUACUUUUUUCUAUUAGUUGAAAAAUUAAACUUUUAAAAGGUAUUAUCAAGAAAGAUUCUAGUCUUGUAUCUUUAAAAUUAAAAAUUAGGUUAAAAAGCAUAAUCACUGCAUACAUAUGAAUUCAUCUGUUUGGUAGAAAGAAGGUUCCAUCAACAUUUAUUAUUAAUUAUUCAGCAGAAUUUAUCAUUACGCAUUUCAUAGUCAUACAUUUUAGUGCUGUAGUUCUUGGCCUAUGAUACAUAUACUAUUUAGAGGUAUGCUAUAAAAACUGAAGCAUGCUAUAAGAGUCACUAUGGUUCAAUAACUUUGAAAAUAAUCUCAUGACCACCUGAAUUUCUUAAGAAUGAAUUAUUCUACAUGAAUUGCAUGCAUAUGAACUUCUGAAUGAAUUAAUCUGCAUAGGAGAACUGUGAAUUAAAAUUUAAAUUCAGUAUUGCCAGUUCUGAAAAUAAAAACAAUCUACAUGAGCAGUAACUGUAUGUAAUUUGUUAAGAAUGAAUUUCUAUGAAAUGAGCUACCAUUAGCUGAUACUUGCUAAAGGUGUUAAAUUAUAUUGCUAAAAGUAUUAUUAAUUGAAUUCUUCAUUAGAAGGCCGUCUGCAUAAGUUAUAUCCAAAGUUAUUAGACAAUAGAUAUAUUCUUAAAUUCACUAAGUGUCAGAAUUGUUAUAAAUGUUUAGAUGGUGAAUUUUUUGAUGAAAUUUCUCGUCUCUUCUUUAUCUCAGAACUUAACCCUUCUGUAUCGUAGACUCUAGUAAAAUGAUAUGAUUUUAUAAGAUUUAUUAAAUUCUUUGUAUCAUUUA